GUUUUGGAAAAAGAGGAUGUCGUUGUUGAUUGUCGGGGGUUGAUUGGACCGACAGAUGCAAGUAACGCGAAGCUCCUCCAAUCAUGGGUGUUCUCAUGCAAUUCCCGAAUUCACCUCUACCUAGUCCCGAAAGUUUGAGCUCUCUGACAUUGCUGGUCGCAUUGUUGAACUCAGGCAGGCUCCUUAGCAAUGAGGAUUUAACAGCACCAGCUCUCGCUCUUUUACUAGUAUUUCGUACCGAGGCAUCUUAUUCGAGUUUUGAGAAAGGGAGGAAGGCUUGGACUAAAGUCAUCGCUGGGACAAGUGAGUUUGCGCGACAAGCUGGUACGAGUGAUACAAAUAUAACCAUAAAGAAUGCAUUGAUGAGAUUUUGUAAAAGAUCUGCAACAUCUGCUUGACGAGGAUGAUCUGGAUGUCAUUUUUGGUGCACCUCAUAGACCUCGUUGCAUGAAUAAAAAAGUGAAAGAAAGAAGAA